AUAAAUUAACCUAGGCAUUAUAAUCAGAUUAACAACAACCAAAAACGCGCUAUAAAAACGCACCGUUUCUUUCCUACCACGAUUAGUUCAGCCAUGAAGUUCGUCCUAGCGUUGUUGGUCUCGUUAGUGUGCACCCAAGCCUCCAAAUUUCCCCCCAAUUUCAAAAAAUGCAGCCGCAAAGACCCCAACAUCGACAAGUGUUUUUUGGAGGCGGCCCAAAUCGGGGUUAACCAAGCCACCAAGUACUACUCCCAAAUCGGCCUGGCCAGUUUCGCCCCCCUGGAAAUCUCGGAACUGAAAAUCGGAGCCGGAUCCCAGUCGGUGGUCAACGUGGAGCAAAAUUUCAAAAACUGUAAACUGUACGGGAUUAGCGAAGCCAAAGUGGACGAGUUCGGGUUCGACUUUGAGGGGAAGUUCGCCCAUGGGAAAGGGUUGAUUCCCGAAAUUAAGAUGCUAUGCGACUACGAGUUGAACGGGAAAAUCCUGCUGCUGCCGAUAGUCGGGUCAGGAUCCAGUACUAUAAUUCUGAGGAAUAUCAAAGUGGUGGUGCGUUUUGACUACGAAGAGGAGCCAAAGAAUGGGAAAACGUACUUCAAGUUCGUUUCCAACAAGUUGUCCCUCGAGCCGGAUUUCGUUUCGUUCGAUUUUGAGAAUUUGUUUAAUGGGGAUAAGCAGUUGGGGGAUAAUGUGAAUAAGGUUUUGAAUGAGAAUUCCAACGAAGUGUUUGCUGAUGUUCGGUCGGGGUAUGAGAAGGGUCUGGGUUUGGUGCUGCAACACAUUAUUAAUAAUAUGUUUUCGAAAGUUUCGGAGGAAGAGGCUUUUGAUUAAUUAAGGGUGUUCAAACAGUAUUGUAGUUUUAAUAAAUUUAUAAACACGAA